UAAUUUUUUGUUUGCUGUUUCUGUGUUCAGUUGCUCGACCUUGAGAUGUGAUCUGCCUAACUACUACUUGUCUGAUAGUUCUCGAGAGUCAGCAAGUAGCUAGGAGUUGAAUUGGCAUUGUUGAUUACUGUAAGGCUCUGUCGGCACGGGGAGAAAUGCCCAAGAGACACGAGGAUAUCAUCGAGUAUCGCCGAUGCUGCGAAUCCCUGGCACAGAAGGUCGUGGAGGAGUUCCUCGAGGACAAUGUCAGGCCAGAGGAUCUGAAGACCAAGGCGAAGUACAUAGAUCGCCUGCGCUAUGCCGACGUGCUUGAGGAGCGCAGUGAGGCCCAGCACGUGUGCGGCUAUCCUCUGUGUAACGUGGAUUUGAAAGAGGUCAAAUCACAACGCUACCACAUCUCACUGGCCGACAAGAAAGUCUAUGACCUGACGCAGCGUCGGCGAUACUGCAGCACAGAGUGCUACCAUGCGUCAUUGUUCUACGAUCGGCAAAUCUCCGAGGCACCCGUGUGGGCCCGCAAGGGUAUUGAAAUGCCGACAAUUCGUCUUUACAGAGAAGCAACCAUAGCUAAUCCGACCGACUCCAGUUUGGACGGUGGCGAUGCGCCUAUUUCCACUCAUACUGCCACUGGUGGUGGCAGUGAGGAUAUGUUCAAGCAGCUGGAUGUGGUCACGCACAAGCCGCAGGGCACCGCCGACCAGGCCCUGCCAAACGUAGUUAUCAAGGAACGAAACGUGUAGCCUGUGGGACAUGUGAGGCGUGCCGCGGAGAAAAGCAUGGCCGCCGUCGAGGACUAUGGCAUCGCGAUGUGCCCCGUAUUCUAUUUGCUUUGCCACAGCACUCCCCUCACCAAGGUCGGAAAAAUAACCGGCGUGGCAACUUUUGCUAUUGCCCGGAUGCCUGGCAAGAUGUUGACACAAACAUUAAAUUCAAGUUCGGGCCGUGUUGUCUUUGUCUGCCUAUCUCUAUCUGUCUGUCUCUCUCUAUCUCUCUCUUUCUCUCUUUCUCUCUCUAUCUCUCUCUCUCUCACACACACACACACACACAUACUCAGACAAACACACGCACACACAAGCACACACACUCAGAAAUACACACACACACACACUCACACACACACACUCAGACAAACACACGCACACACACUCAGACAAACACACACACACACGCACACACACUCAGAAAUACACACUCAGAAAUACACACACACACACACACACACACACACACACACACACACACACACACACACACACACGUACACCUAUAUAACUCAUGAUGUGUUCGCUUGAAGAGAGUAUCUGCAAUAUCACAAAAUCCAUCAAUGAUUAUCAUGAUUCACAAAUUGAAAAAAUAAUUAUUAUAAUGCAAUCAUCCCAUACAAUGCAAUGUUCCCCUUGUAUCCUGCUAUAGUAUAUAUUCCUAGCAACUUUUUUAAAUAUCUGUGCUGCCAGGUUUGGAUAGGCUCAACGUUGCUGGCGAUGAUUGACCUCCGACGUGCGGACACUUUGGACACGCUGUUUCUCUUGUGCGUGACGUGACGUCAACACUUCUUUUUUUCUGGCUUCUCGUCACAGCUAGCUGCAUCCCGUGCCCAGGUGUGUUGCCUGCGAUAGGCUUGCUUUACGCUACUUGUAUAUUCUUCCGCUCUUGAAAUGCUUAGUAAUGAUAGGGGCUGUUUUUUUCUCGUUUUAAUACUUCUCUUUCUUUUUUCUUUUUUUUCCGUUUAGUGAUCGGUGUAGCCCAGAGACCGUUUGGAGAGUGCCGUGAAGAUGUAUGGUUACAGUGGAAUGUUCUCAUUUUGACAAUUGUACUGAAGUACUUCUGCAGUUCAAUCAUCUGUGUGACGAAGUAUUGAUUGUCUGCUGACACAUUGAAAGA